AUGUGGUCUGUAUCGUAUAUUUUCAUGUAUACAGCCUUUUAUGCUGCUCUUAUUAGCAAGUGUUUCUGUCAGAAAAAAGUCACCGCGACAUUCACAGAUCCCCGCACCGGGAUAACCUUCGAGCGAUUUUUCGGGGUCAAAACAUCUUUCAGUUUUGGUAUUGCUCUCCCUGAGACGGCAAACAAUUCCUUUAUCGGCCAGCUAUCCUUCCCACUGAAUGAUGGCGCCGGCUGGGGAGGCUGGUCACUCACAGACGACAUGGAAGGCCCUCUACUUAUGGCAGCGUGGGCAGAUGGUGGGAAAGUCGUGUCUUCCUUCCGACAAGCCUUCAACGAGGAUGAUAAUCCUCCCGAGGUCACUGGAAAUUUCCGAGCCAGGCCGAUAGCUGCCGGCACAUCAGCCAACUCCUCGCUCUUCACAUACACAUUUCUUUGUGAAGGUUGCCUUGACGAUGCGCUAGGUCUCGGUGCAGCAGCGACAUCAGGCACCGUCAAAAUGGGCUGGGCCUUUGGUAGCGAGAAAGUGGGUAAUCCAGCUUCGCCUGCUGCGAUUCUUAAUUUUCAUAACAAGGGAUUUGGAGGAUUUCAAGCCCGGCUGGCUCAAGCCAAGAAUGGAAAGUUCGAUGAAUGGGCAGCCAUGGCAGGAGCUCCUUUGGCUCCCGCAACAAACGCGUCUCCCAUCACAUCGAAGAAAAAGAAAAACAAAGGAAACAAAGGAAACAAAGGGGAAGGUUCGGGUAACGCAUCAGAUGAUGACUCCGAUGAUGACGAUUGA